UGUUCCUCGGGGUGUUUUUGAGCCUGCCACCCAACUCAAGCAGGCAGAGAGGCCGAGGGACAGCAUGAUGAUGGACCUUUUUGAAACUGGCUCCUAUUUCUUCUACUUGGAUGGGGAGAAUGGAGCCCUGCAGCAGCUGGAGAUGGCCGAGGGAUCCCCGCUGUACCCAGGCAGCGAUGGUACCUUGUCCCCUUGUCAGGACCAAAUGCCGCCAGAGGCCGGCAGUGACAGCAGCGGAGAGGAGCAUGUGCUGGCACCCCCGGGACUACAACCCCCUCACUGCCCUGGCCAGUGUUUGAUCUGGGCUUGUAAAACUUGCAAGAGAAAGUCAGCCCCUACGGACAGACGGAAAGCAGCCACCCUGCGGGAGAGGAGAAGACUGAAGAAGAUCAACGAAGCCUUCGAGGCUCUGAAAAGGCGGACUGUGGCGAACCCCAACCAGAGGCUGCCCAAGGUGGAGAUCCUGAGGAGCGCCAUCAGCUACAUCGAGAGGCUGCAGGACCUCUUGCACAGGCUGGAUCAGCAGGACAAAAUGCAGGAGAUCGGGGGGGACCCCUUCAGCUUCAGCCCCAAGCAGGGAAAUAUCCCCAGUUCGGACUUCCUCAGCACCUGCGGCUCCGACUGGCAAAGCGUUUCUGACCAUUCCCGAGCCCUAGGAGUCAGCCCCAAGGAAGGAGGCUCCGCCGUCGAGUCGUCGGCCUCCAGCAGCCUUCGGUGCCUUUCUUCCAUAGUGGACAGUAUUUCUUCCGACGAGCCCAAACUGCCCAGCGCGGAGGAAGUGGUGGAGAAAUAAAGCCGGUUGCUCUGGUAGUAUAUUUAACGGGGAUGGAGCCCCCACCCCCUUCUCUCUAAACUAAGUAACGAAGCAAAUUAACACAGUGGAAAGCCCAGGCAGGGGCCUUGUUAAGGUCGAGUCAAGGUACACCUACCCCAAAGAAAAUGGCUCUCACUGACUGGAGCCAAACAGACUUUCCCCCUUUUCCUUUCCUCUUUGUCCUCUUUUUCUUUUUUUCCCCCCUGAGUUUUGUUUUCUUUAAAUUGUGUUGCGUAGACCACCUCUCUUUUUUUCUUCUUCUUUUUUUUUUUUUUAAUUUAAGAUACUUACCUGUGUACCGGUGAUCCGCUUUGUCUGAGACUCACCGGCAAGUUCAUUCCUGUCUGAGUGAAGCUGUUGGUUGCAUUUCGUGUUAGUCGUAUUUAAAGAGUUCCUGCAUCAUUUCGUUCCUGUAAAUAAUUUUAGUACCGUCUUUUCUUUUGUAAACAUAACAAAUAUAUAUUUAAAUGGUGGAAUGUGAUAUUGUAUAUAAGAACAGAUGGAUUUCUUGAGUUAUAAA